GACGUUGAGGCGCGUCCGCCGUGUCAUCCACGAGCAGUAACUGAAAUAACCCCAGAUUGUCUCUCCAAGAACAAUUACAACGAGGCUCGCUGCCAGAAUGCCAUCAAAGCGUUGUACGAAUGCUGUGACGCCUUCUACCAGCGUUACGGCGAUGACGCCACCUCUCCCAGCUGUCCAGCGCCGAAAUUACUUCGUUUGAAGAUUCAGCAGCAGAAAGAGGGCAAAUGAAGACGCAGUAGGGCAAAGAGCGCGCCAGCUUCGCGACUACAGGGUGCUUCUUCAGCGCAUUUAGACACGUGCAACGGCCUACGAGAUACCUAGAUAGAUUGUACAUGUACCAUAUCAAAGGCAGGGGAGGCGAGGAGAAGAUAUGUACGCUCAUCGUAUGGUGUGUCAACCAGUGUAGAGAAUUUCAGGCAACUUAAUGAGGAGCGAUUUUUCUAGGCGAUCGUUGAGCACGCAGGAGACCCUUAUAGGACCUGAACAAGCAUUGAACGCUUAUUCCGAG